AACAAAUUUCUCUUUACUAAUUGUGGGUAAGUCACUUUCUGUUGCCAACAUGAAUCCAGUUUGCCUGACGGACAUUAACAAACCCGAGUGCCAGACAUGGAUGAAGGAAGUCUGUGCCCGUUGCAGAAAGCUGUUGAACCGGCAUGCCGGCGAAUUCACAUUGUUCGAUGAGACACCAGCGGUAUACAAGGAUGUGCUGGACAUGACUUUCAAUGACUGCAGCAAACUGAAACAUCUGCUUCAACUGGAGGUGGCUGCAAUACACAAACGAGAAAUUCUAUCGAAUUUUACGUGGUGGCAAAAGUUAUUGUUAAUCUUGGUCUAUAUUGGAAUCGUUGUGCUGUUUGUGCUCGUGUUUCGUUAUUGUAGGAAAGCAUAUCAAGCCGGAGCUCAGCAGUUUGACGAAGAAUCCGCCAAACCGCCGACACCGCCUACCGAAAAGGCCCAACCGCCACGCCAGAAGAGCGAGAAGCGCAAAAAGUCCUUAAAGUCCUGGUUGCACUAUAGAUGUCGCCCCAUAUUUGUCCAUAACGAGGCAGCACUGAGACGUCAGCAGGCCAAGUACAAGGAGGUCGAGGCUAAUAGGGAGGAGCAUACGCAGAAGAACAUUGACAAGUGGACGAAGGCGCGCGAAAAGGUGGAAAGAAAGCGGCAGUUCCAAAGGGAUACAAUCAAGAUGAUGGAACAACAAAAAAAGCAAGAAAGACGAUGAAAGUAAACAAUAA